GCUCGUAAUCCGUUUUGUCUGUAAUUACGAAAGACUCAUGGAGCUUCUGCCCAUCCUCGGCCCAGAAGAUAAGCCCAGAGAAAAGCAGUGGUAUGCUCUGGUGCCCCGAGGUGAAGCUCCUGGACCCAGCGUCGGUCACACCUGCACAUUCAUGCCUUCAGCCAGUGGCGGAAAAGGGCAGAUCGUGAUUGUCGGGGGGGCCAAUCCGAGCGGCAGCUUUUCACAUUGCUCCCUUAUAAAUCUCGACAGCCAUGAAUGGGACAUUCCUGAUUCCUGGGAAGGACUCCAGGCGAGAUAUGAACACUGUAGCUUUGUGUCUGAGCACGACCCUGAGAGUCUGUGGGUGUUCGGAGGAGCUGAACAGAGCGCUAACCGGAACUGCGUUCAGGUUUUACACACCGCAGACAGGGCUCCGUGGAGGACAGUGGAGGUGAAAGGGACACGCCCGAGCCCGAGGACGUACCACACUAACUCGGCAUGUGUUGGAGACAGACUGUUCGUCUUCUCCGGUGGAGAGACAGGGGCCACGCCAGUGACCGACCCCCAGGUGCACGUCUUUAACGCAGUAACCUGCACGUGGUCACAGCCAGACAGCGAAGGAAAGCCUCCUUCGCCGCGGCACGGUCACGCGAUCGUAGCCGUCGGAUCCGUCAUCUACGUCCACGGAGGGAUGGCAGGAGAGAAGUUCCACUCUGAUAUGUUCUCUCUGGAUACAGAGAGUAUGAAGUGGGAGCGGGUGAAGGCUAAAGGAGACGUUCCUCCAGGAACAGCAGCUCACUCCGCUGUGGCUUUGGGGAGAAACGUUUAUAUUUUUGGAGGGAUGACGGCCGACGGAGCGAGCAAUUCUAUGUACAGGUUUCAGAGCGACAAACAACGCUGGACCCUGUUGAAAUUCGAAGGUGACCUUCCGCAGAACCGACUGGACCACUCCACGUGUGUCGUGCCUUGGCCAGAAAGGGCCGACACCGGCGUCGAGGACAAAGCAGAAAGCCGUGAGAGGGAAACGAAGCAUCUGUGCUUUGUGUUCGGAGGCAUGGAUACUCACGGCCUCAUUUUCAACGACUGUCUCGUCACCUUGUUAACAUGAUGCUCUUUAACUUCUUUUAAUUUGAUAAUAAAACACAAAACUCUUGACUAAA